CGGGCAGCCGCGUGAAGACGUUGCCAAGAUUUAAUGAGCGAACACCUGCCCGGAGGCCGCGUGUGGCUUCAAGACCGACGUCAUUGUUGCCCGGACGCGCCAGCUGAAGUGCGCGUACAAAAGGCCAACAAGGCCCGGUUCAAAAGGGAGAGAAACUAGGAUUUGGCUACGGUUUCUCCUUUUACACUAUUCUCUCUUCAUAUCUCUCCGCCAUAACCAUAAAGCGCAUCGCAACUGUUACUAAAGAACGAUUUCAAUCUCGAAUUCCCGACCCACUUUACCGAUUCAACCCCCUGCCACCGACCACGCAGCCUCUCAUCAAGCGUCAUGGACUCUUCCAAGACAACCCAACAAAAAGACACCAACCAGCCGACCGGCGACAACCCGCUGCAGAAGGCGACUGAUACUGUGAAGAACGCGUUCCAGGCACACACUGCGCACCCCGGUCCGGCCAUCCCCAAGGAGUUCAACGUCAAAGAGGAGGGAACCAAAGAGGAACGCCGAACCAAGGCAGAGGAUAUGAACAAAUAAAUGGGUGCACGAAGCGCAGUUUCCGUACUUGUUGUAUAUGCUAUGACGUUGCCUGUGGUUACGAGCCUGAUGACGACGCAAGUGUUGGACGGUACGAAUAGCCUAGGAAUGGUUGGGUGACCGAAUAAAUAUCGAUUAAACACCUCAUGAAGUGCGAAAUAUCAUUGCUUUGUUUCUAUAUGGCUCAAGGCCUGAGUCGACAAGUAUCUUUUUCCGGAGGUCCGCCGUACCGUGCAGUUUGUAGGUGAG